AUGACUUCCCAACUCAAUAACGGAAACGAAAACCUGGACCAGGUGCUCCAAGAAACAGACUCCAUGCGUCCGCUGUUCUUCGAAUCUUCGGCAAAACACUCCCUGCCUCCUGCCUCCGAACAGCCCCAAAGAUCGAGACUCGACUCCGCAGUGGAGCCUCAACAUCUUCCUCUGCAACAAGUGCGUCCCUCCGAUGACAAUCAGCACAUUCUGACAUCUCUGACCCCUUCAGAAACAACCUUGUUGGACAUCAACCACCUGCUCAUCUUGCAGCACCACCACCUCCAGACAGUCGACUCCGGCUCGGUGGUGCAGUCCGUCAUCCAAUCAGGUGGUGGAGAUGCCGUUGUUUCUGGCGCUUCGGGCCACUUCUUGCUGCAGCUGAAGGAGUCGCCCAAACAGCGGAAAAACUCCCUUCCUAGGGCUCCUCACAUGGUCAAGAAGGCUGGCCGCCUUCCGCUGUCGCUCCCAUCGGCCUCCUCGGCCACGGCGUCGAAGACUCCCAAGUUGUACCGCCGCUUCCGCUCGAGAUCUUUGCCCAUCAUCAACUAUACCUCAAGGUCGCAAAUCGCCCAACCUCAGACAUUCUCUCGUAUGGGAGGCGCCGUUCCAAAUGCAGCCCUCAUCCCUGGCGCAUCUUCGGGUGCUGCCAGCUCAGCUAAAGCUGCUGGUCUCUCAUCGUCGGCUCCAAGCGGCCACCAUCAUCACUCCCGGGUAUCUAAAACUACCGGCCAUAGUAGUCAUCACUCGAUGUAUCGUCAUAUUCCGUCAUUCAACCUGGCGCCUUCCUUGCCGCCCAUUAAUCUCCAGUCUCUCAAGGAAAUCGACUUGCAGGAGAUCUUGAAAAACCCACAGCUUCGCCAUGACAUUCUUUUCGACCCACAACUCCAGUUCCGUCCAAACUUGGAUGGCGAGAGAGGACGCAGAAAGAAGACUGUCAUCGAACGUUACUGGAUCGAGAUCGAGAUUGAAUGUAAGCAAUUCUUUGAUAGGAGUGCUGGGGCUCAAUCUGCUACUGCUGCAGCUUCUACUGACUCGGGAAGCCAGUUGAAAGUGACGAGGUUGCGUGCUUUGUUCACCACAUUGCGUGAGAUUUUGUUGUCUCUUCUUCCAAUGAAGGAUCGCUCACCAGUCAACGAGAUCAUGGAUAUCGACCUCAUUGUGCAACAGCUCAACUAUGGCCUGUUUGACUUCGUGGCCAUGGCCAAAUGGCUUGGUGAUGUGUUCAAGUCCCAUUGCGCUCCUAUGAGAGAUCUGUGGGUAUUGGAUAUGAUCAACAAAUUCCAGCAGGCAUUUGAUGAAGCUUCCGUCUCUAAACUCGUCGAUGGCUUGAGAUCUAUCUUCUCGAUAUUAGAAGCCAUGAAACUCGAUGUGGCUAACCAUCAGAUUCGUAUUCUUAGGCCUGUCUUGAUAGAAACAGCCACUGACUUCGAGAAAGACUACUUCCAUCAAUUGAUCACCCACUGCAAGAUUGAUAUUUCUGACUCUUUGAAGUGGUUCCAUCGCGGUUAUGCCAAGCGCCAGGAGCAGCUUUCGGCCGGUGCUGGUCAAUUGACUAUCGUGCCAUCUCAUGAGAUGAAGUCUGUGCUUAGUCACCUGGUAAUUGAGCUUUUGUCCUGUCGCAACAUGGCUACAGAAUUCCCAUCAACACUUGCAUUCGAUCACACUCGUCUUGUGUUGUUACGUGCUGAUGUGCGUCAACUCGUCUGUGUUCAAUUGUGCAUUGUUUUGUUUAAACAAGUUUGCACAAACUAUGCUGCAAUGAUGAAGAGACCUGUGAACUUGCGUCCAGAAACCAUCACUAAAGUCCAAGAGCAAAUCUUAGCAAUUGUGACUGAUGAUAACGGAAACGUCAAAUGGACACGGAAUGUUCAAGCCAUUGCUUUGCAAUUGGUCAAGAAUGCCGUAGCUCGCGAUGGCGAUGCCGAAAAUAUGUCAGUACAGAAAACAAAUUUGCCUCAACACUUGGUGGACUUCUGCUACAACUGGCUCAUAAAACAGAUCCAACCUAACACUGAUGUUUACGGCUUGAUGGAGGAGAAGGUCUUCAAAGAAUUGUCAGAGCAAAUUGGUCGCUUGGCCCAAAAUGACCCAAGUCUGUCUGCCGCCUCUUCGAGCUCUGGUUUGUCUCUGUCGUCUUCUGCCUCUUCUGGUUCUGAUGGUGCGACACCUAAGCCUACUGGAAUCAACUUGCUCAAACAACGUAAGACUGACUCCGAAAUGGCUGGCAUAUCCUUUCGCAUCUACACGUUGGUCAAAUUUCACUGGAGCGUGUUCGGUGACUACUACGCCGAGUUUGAGCGCUCUCACCAACCUACUACUCACUAA